AAAAGGAGUGGGAGCUUGAUUGGUGGAGCUGUGUCUGUGAGCUCUUGACCCUUUCCGUCGAGACGGUGGCGGAGACGGCGGUGUUGGUGGUGGCGCUAGUGGUUCCGGCAUAUAAGCUGUAAAAUCAUGAUUGAUAAGGCUAUCUAGUGUUUCUCAUUAAACGAUGUCCGAGAAAAUGAUCGGCAUUUUCUGGUUUGGCCUUGUUUCUCAGAUCUGAUCCUUUCCAGCUCCGAUCUGGACGUUUCGGGGAUCUCUCGGAGCUCUUUCUUUCUCUCUAUCUCUCAUCAAUCGAGUCGCCUUUCACGCUAACUUCGCAGUUAAACAAUUGGAAGCAAGGCUUGAUUGGUAUGUUGAAAUGUCGUUCAAAGGCAUUGUACGGGAGCUGAGGGAGAUCAAAGAUGGAAUUGGGAGCAUAUCUAGGAGAGGGGUGGAAAGGAAGCAUUGGCGCAACCGAACCCGCUCACAUAUUGCCCCUGAUGUGGCCCCAUCUGAACCCAUUCAACAAGGGCAGUGGGCGAACUUACCACCAGAAUUGCUUUUGGAUAUAAUCCGAAGAGUCGAAGAGAGUGAGACAUCCUGGCCUGCGCGGGCUGUUGUUGUGUUUUGUGCGGCCGUUUGUAAGUCGUGGAGGGACAUUACAAAGGAGAUUGUUAAGACUCCAGAGGAAUGUGGAAGGCUGACUUUCCCCAUUUCAUUGAAGCAGCCGGGGCCACGUGAUUCACCAAUCCAGUGUUUUAUUAGGAGGUGUAGGGCAACUUCCAUUUAUCGUCUGUACUUUGGUCUGAUCCCAUCUGAGGAGGACAAUGACAAAUUAUUGUUGGCAGCCAAGAAGAUAAGAAGGGCAACGGGUACGGAUUUUGUUGUAUCUUUGGUUGCAGAUGAUUUUUCGCGAGCCAGCAACACAUAUGUUGGAAAACUGAAGUCUAAUUUUCUGGGCACCAAGUUCACCAUAUAUGACAGCCAGCCUCCAAAUGAUGCUGCCGUUCAACAAAAUAGUCGGUCAGGCCGAAGAUUCCAUGCUAAGCAAGUAUCCCCAAGAGUGCCUGCUUGUAACUACAGUAUAGCCACCCUUUCCUAUGAGCUUAAUGUCCUCCGCACAAGAGGGCCUAGGAGAAUGCAUUGUUCCAUGAAUUCUAUUCCUGUCUCUUCAAUUCAGGAAGGAGGCACCGCCCCAACACCAACAUUGUUCCCACACUCCUUUGACGAGAAGUUUUCUCCCUCACCAGCCUCAAAAGGAAAGGAGCCACUCACAGAUUGUAGCUCCCCAAGCCUUUCCCAUUGGCCUGUAUCAGCGCCACUGAUUCUAAAAAACAAGGCCCCCAGAUGGCAUGACCAGUUACAGUGCUGGUGCCUUAAUUUCAAAGGUCGUGUUACUGUAGCUUCUGUUAAGAAUUUCCAGCUGGUGGCAUCUGUUGAUCCAUCUCUCAAUGUGUCUGCUGCUGAACAAGAAAAAGUAAUUUUACAAUUUGGAAAGAUCGGAAAAGACAUCUUCACCAUGGAUUAUCGGUACCCACUCUCUGCUUUCCAAGCCUUUGCAAUCUGCUUGAGCAGCUUUGACACGAAGCCUGCCUGUGAGUGACAUCCAUGUUGGAUGUGUAUCAUGAUCAUCUCUGGCGUAGAUUCUUCCAUGAAGUCUGAAGUAUGUUAACUCUCAGUUUGGCAAUAUAUCAUAACCACGAAUCUUAGCCGUGUUGCUAGUCGGUCUUAUCUAAUAGCAGUUUAGAUUUGAAAAAAAAAAAAGAAGUGUGAUUCUAUGUGCCAAGUGUUUAAUCUAUGUUUGAAAAUUUCUGAAAUACUUCUGUUGAUCUUCUUGUUGUCAUUGAUAUUUGAUUAAAGAGGGAGAACAGGGAUUAUUGUCUAUGCGUAGCACUCUAUGGGUUACUAUUAAUUGAUGCCUGUU